AGGGCGCAUGCGCGCUGGCGCCGGUUGGUAAAAGGCGGCGGCCGGCGCUGCCUGCGCGGUAGAGGGAGGCGGGCGGUGCUGCGGCAUGGCAGAGGGCGGCGAGCCGGUUAUCCUCGAGGACUACCUGCUACUAGAAGAUGCACCUCUGCUGGAGGAGAUGGUUGAGGAGGAUGAAGAGCUGGACCUGUACAAUGAGAUGACGUUUGGGUUAGACCAAGACUCCACUGAGGAAGAUACUACACAAUCCCUGAUGCUUCCAGAGAUGAGCCCUGAGAUGGCUGAAGUUAUGGCAAAAGAGAUUGAGACCAUUGAGCUACUGGAGCCUGAGCAGCUGGAGGCACUAGGAAAGCCCCAGGAGGAAGGCAGAAUGGAGCCUGAGCUUGAGCAGGUUGGUGCAGAGUUGGAGGAAGAGGAGUUGAGGACUGAAGACCAAGAGGAAAAUGAGCCCUGUGAAGAGCCCAACGACCUGGGAGACCCAGCAGUGAUGAAAGCUGUGCAGAGCAAGCCCACGCUGGAGAGCCAAGACUCAGCAGUGCUGGACAGCAGGAUUGGUGCUUGCUGGGCAGAGUUCAGCAAAGAGGAGCUGGAGAUGGAAGCCACAGCAUGGGGCUCCUGCCCCAGCAGUGUCCCAUCCCACCAUGUGCUGCAGGAUAAAGCCAUAGUCCAGGUCCUGGAGAGGCCCCCAUCUUCCCCCAGUGUGGCCCUGAGCUUCCUCAGCUCCCCCACACAGAGGGACUUUGGGGGCUCUCCCCGGCUCAAGCACCCCGACUUAAGGCUGAUGUCACCCAAGUCGUUCCCCCAGCGCUUUCUUCAGCAGCAGCCGCCUCUGUUGCCUCCUCGCCCCCCGUGCUCCCCUCACAGCUUCACGCCAGCUCGCAGACCCUCUCCGCUCCUCGCUUCGAACCAGAGCACAGGGUACUCAUCUCCGAGUCCUUUCCGGCCGGCGUCCCCCAGCCUCGGCAGCCCGGCGCCGCCCCUGGCCACGCACUUCGGUCCCAUGUCUCCCUCUGUAGACCCCGCGCUGCUCUUCAGUCCGUCCGCCAGCAGCCAGCUGAGCCUCAGCGCGCCCAGCCGCAUGACCCAGCUGCACCCCCAGCACCAGCGGCUCCUGACCCAGCAGCAGGGUGGGCAGGCACAGAGCAUCUCCUCCAAGAAGCUGUGGUGUCCUGAAGCAGACCCUUAUGCGGGGCUGAUGACCUCUAAGGAGAAGGAUUGGGUGGUCAAGGUGGAGAUGAUUCAGCUGCAGAGUGAGAACAUGGAUGAUGACUUCUACUACCAGACCUACUACCACCGGCUGGAGCACAAGCAGGCGGAGGAGAAGCUGCUUGGUGGCCGCAACAAGCAGGAGCCCCCCAAGCUGGUCACCCCCUUCAUCCAGAGAGUGGAGACCUAUGACUCUGUGGUGCGCAUCGCGGGCUCGCUCGGGCAGGUGGCGGUGUCCACCUGCUACAGCCCUCGCCGCGCCAUCGAUGCCGUGCACCACACCCUCGUGGAGGAGGCUGCAGGGAGUCACCGUCUUCGGGCGCUGCACAGGAUCGAGAAGCUCUUUCUGCAGCUGCUGGAAGUGGAGGAGUUGCAGCAGAAGAUGGCCCUGGCUCUGGAAAAGCAGCAGUUGCCCUGCUGUCAGGAGCAGAAGAGCCAAGAAGUGGAGAGUAUCUACCAAGCCUUAAGAAUCAAGACUUGCAGCAGUGAAGAGGAGGCAGAGGAUGAAUUCCUGCAGCUCCUGUGUGUUCGGAAGGGCAAGAAGCUCAUAGCUCGACUACUGCCCCACCUGGCCUGGCAGCAAGCAGAGAAGAUCCUGCUGACUGUCACCCACCACCUGCCCUUCCUCAUGAAGAAGGACCUGUUGGAUGAGUCUCUCCCCGUGCUCUACGGCCCGCUGGACAAGGUGGUGGCUGGGACAGGCUUCAGCAAGCUGAUCGAGGUCCUGCAGGAGUUGAUCAGGCCUCUGCCCGAGUCUGCCGAGCUCCCGCUCGCCAUGGCCCUGAGGAACCAGUUUGGGAUCUCCUUGCUCUACUCUCUGCUGAGUCACGGUGAGAGGCUGCUGUCUUCAGAAACACCACUGGAGCCUCAUGCCGAGGACUUUGAGACAUGGACAGACAUGGUGUUCUUGGUUGCCCGGGAGCUGGCACAAGUGCCCAAGGCCUCACUGGUGGAGCCUCUCUUCUUGCCCAGCAACCUCAUCUCGCUCUUCUGCCGCUACCUGGACAAGCAGACCAUCCACCACCUGGAAGCCAAGAUGGAGUGCUCUCAGCUGCUAUCAGGAGCUGCUAUGCCAUGCUGAGCCCCUCAGGAGCUGGGAUGGAGCGAGGACUGGGCAGGGUCUAACCCUGUCACUUUGAGUUUCAAAGCAAGCACUUGGCCCUGGUGCAGGGCCCUCUGGGUGAACUGGGCACAGGCAGGGCUGGCCCUCAGGAACUGGUGCCAACCUGCCCUGGUGCUGGGGAGCACAGCGUGGUGGGGUGGAGGGCAGGUAACUUAUUUUGGCCUGGCACCCAGCAAUGGCUGGUGCCAAGGUGGGGGUCAGCACAGGGGUGCUGGGAGCACCUGGUGGGGAAGGGACUUCGUGUACAGCACUGAAAUAAAAAGGUGAUUAUUGAGCUCCA